AUGGGACCAACUUUCGAAUCCCUUCCAAUCGCCUCUUCAAACGAAGUCAAGUCUAUUGUGACAUGGCUCUCCAUUUCGAAGGCAAUGUUGGCCGGAAGGCGUUGGCAAUGCAAACAAUGGUCGAUAGGGUGGGGUGGGAUGGAGCUCUGGGGAAAUGAUGCCUCACUUGGGUAUAGACGCCUUGACAGCGGCCAAGUCGUCAAGGCUCAAAUAGCGCAGACCAUCAUUUGGUCCAGAAGUCCCCGUGCUGUAAAUCAAAAGACGAUCAGGCCGCUGGCACGUCCGGCCGUCUGA